AUGUCGAACUCCACAACUACCUUAGCCACUAAUUCAAACGAAACUGUUGAUGAUGUAGCCGAGUUAGUACAUAACUUCGAUUGGGCGUCUACUCCAUUGGGGCCUAUGGACAGUUGGCCUCGCUGGUUGAAAUUCGUAACCAAUUUGUGUCUGAAUACCGCGUAUCCCAUGGUUUUGUACAUUGGAGAAGAUAGAAUUUUUAUAUAUAAUCAAAUGUGGGUACCACUCAUCCAGGCUAAUCAUCCUUGCAUAGGGACGUCGGCGACCCUAACAUAUCCUGAAGCACGCGAUUUUUUAGUACCAUUGUUUAAUGCAGCUCUUAGAGGAGAAGGCAAAUACAUUGAAGAUUUCUGUCCCUAUGUUAUUCGAUCGGGUUACAAAGAAGAAGCAUACUUUACUUGGACUCUCAGCCCAAUAUAUACUGACACGGGAGAAAUAGGAGGAUUGAUUUCGUUGGCGACGGAAACGACGGAAAAAGUGCUCACAAAUAGAAGACUGAAAAUGUUCAGGGAUCUGGCUAAUGGAACGCAAGGCAACUAUUGA